GUCCCUUCGAGCGAACGUCUGUGCCGCUCCGACGCGCGAACCGACUUCGACAACCGGUUUAUCCCGACUAUAAGACUAUUUGUUGAGUGACCAUAAUAAUUGUGCAGUGCUAUUCAAAUACUUUACAACUAACCGCAACUUUUGUGUGGCCAUACUCACAGUGAAGUGUUGUUUUCAAAGUUUUCUUGUGUUCCAAAGUGACUGGAUGUAUGGAAUCGGCUCCUUAGUGACGCAUUUUCUACUUUUCCAUUUGUCGAAAAGUCUCGCCUGAGACUUGCCAAGUAAUUUUGUAAAGUUGUAACUUUAAGUUACUUUGCAAAAGGGGACCUCCGCAAGCCACAGCGCAUGACAACGACUAACAGGAUUGGUGAACAUCUGGAGCAUAACCAUGUCAUAAGGUUCAAAUUGGACAUGAGAGGAUGAGCCAUGGAAUCACGAAGCGCGCCGCCAAGCCCCGACGAGCCGGGGGAGGCGGUGUUCGACGCUCGUUGUGGACGCUACCCGGUGUCCGCUCUGCAGAGGACGUUCGCGAGCUGCAGAGAGACGGGUCGCCCGAGACCUCACCACCGCCAUGCGGCCUCAGAACCGGCCAGGCCCGACGACCGAGUGCUCACGACGGCCGAAGUCCACGACUACCCCUCAUCAGAGUCCGGCAUCGCCGCCGACUGCCCACACCCCAACACCAGCAACGCUGACGAUAGCCCGUCUUACGACCGCUCCGAUUAUGAAGGAAACUCCAGCUACAGCUUAAGGCACACACCAGAUUACCACCACACCCUUGACUGUAAACAUCGGCCGAUUAACUACAAUAGAAGCCACACUCCAGAUUUCAAUCAUGGACGAGGAUCUGACUGUGACCAUCCACAUCCACGGUCGCAAACUUCUCGACGACCACAUAGGAAACACAGACGAGAAGAAGACGACGGAGCCCAAUCUCUUGACGAAAGGUGUGCCCGAGACUUGGACGAAAUAUUACCGGCGAGAUUGGCCGCUGUCAAUUUAUCAAGGGAACCGCCACCACAGACGUGGAACAGGAGUAACAUUGCCGCAACCAUGGAACGUUUCGAGCCUGUAGAUUACUCUUAUGCCUACUACGAUCAUCACUUAUCAAUGCCGUCGUCGUCUAGAAAAGCAAAUCGCCAACGCGGCCGCGGUGGUAUCCCGAGUAACCGAUCCAUGCGUCAUAAUUACGUAACGAGGUACGGAACUGAAGAAAACAUUUACGAAGAAAUCACAGAUGGCUCAAGAACUUGUCCGAAACAUCGAUAUGCCCCUCGACAGUCACUCGUCUCUCUAGACCGCAGUGUAGUGGAAGAAGAAGUGCGUCGAGUUGAAUCAAGGCAUAAACGAAUAUUGGGUGAACUGAAUCUUAGCGUAGAAGCUAUGUUGAUGCCCGAAUGUGAAUCCCCAGACUCGGAGCGAGCGGAAGAUAGAGAUAAUAUAGAGGAAUUGCUCCGAGUGGGUCCGACGGAUGAGUUGCUAUCGCCGGCGAGCUGUAAUCCUCCGGAUUUAGAUAGCGGCUUCAGUGGCAGCAGCAGUGGAGCAAGUUACGUUGGUAGUUUGCGUCGAAAACCCACAGGUUCUGUGCCUCACUUGCCAGCUGUGGCAUAUGGCACUCGCGGGGCUGGUGUCCGUAUUCUGGGCGCAGAAGAAUGUGGCAUACGCUGCCCGAGAGACAUGCCAUCACCAAGGAGCUCCAGCUGUGGAGAUGCGAAAACCACGGGGUUUUGGAAUAAAAAGGCAUGGAAAAAAAUAUCUGGCUUUUCUAGCUCCAAUAGUAUCAACAAAGCUGGUCUCACUGAUGAAGCCUGUAGGCCAAGCAGAGCUAAAUCCAGAACGACCACUAUACCAUACAGCUACUCAAACGGAAAACUGGUGGUGCCGCUGGAUUCCCUAGCACAGAGCUGAGGGGGGCAGCCCCCUCUCCAUCCCCGCUUCCAAAUCCUCCGAGGGACUCCUCGACGCGAUAGGACAAAGAUAAACGCAAAAGUGUCCGACUUUGUGUCUUAAAUGUGCUAUUACGCAUGCCAUAAGGUACAUUUUCGUAACAUUCCAAGACUUUGAUGCGAUCGGCCUGUGUCUAAAAGACCUGGUGAAGGUGUACAUACAGUGAACAACCACGAAUGAUAUUUAUAAACGAGGCGGUAUACGGAGAGCGAAGUGAUAGUAUAGCCUAAUUAAUGAUUUGUAUUGUUAUGACGAUCGUUUCAUAGAAACGUAAUAACUACGUUGUUGUUACUAAUCAAUUUUUAGUAGGUAAUAGGUACAUGAAAAGGCUGAAAAAGUUGAAUCAGAUUUUGUAUAACUUAUGAUGCUGCCAUUUUAGCUUGUAAAUGUCCGUUCUCUACUUACCUACUACUUUUUUGAUGUUCAAUAUUGACUUUUUCUAUAACUGGUGUAUUAAAUAUUACUGAAGCAUAUUCAUAUGUGUCUAUGUCAGCUUUACUGUUUUAUUCUUCGUGGAUUAAUAGACUAUUGAAUAGACCCCAUUAAAUUUAAUUGAAGUACAUACACAGUCUGCUGUCCUCACUUGUACAGUCAAAUUCAAAAGUGGAGAGAGAAAAUUCUUUAGCCAGGAAACUGAUGGCCUAGAUUUGUAAAAAGAUGAGUAUCAAAUCAACCAUACUAAGCUUUGUUUGAUGUAAGAUGUUAUAAGCUCUUCUACCUUUUGACAUUGAUUGUAUUUAAGUAUAAAUUGGUUAGCAGAGUUUUUACAUCGGCGCCGUACAGUUUUGUUGUCUCCCAAAUUUUAUAUUUAAAUCGUAUUUUAGUAACCAUAAUCCAAUUGUAAAAGCUAUUCUAAAUGGUCCAACCUAAUUAUUUUUUUAUUAGUGAACAUGUAAAAAAUUGUUUUAUAAAAUCUAAAAUGUUAUUCUUUUGAGAUAACGUAAUUGUUAAUACUUUUUAGUGGAUAGUUUGUAUAUUAUGUAAAUAUCUACAAAACCAUGGUGCACUAUCUUUAUGUUAUUAUUUAUGUACAUAGGUACAUGUAUAGUCACUUUCACAUUUGCUUUAGAAUAAUCACUGUACUGAAUUUGUAAGUAAGUGAACUAUUAAAAAGUGGUUUAAAAAAAUCAUUGACGUGGGUGUUUUUGAAUAUGUAAUAUGUGACAACGUUAUAAGGGAACAAUGUUUUUAAAUUGAUAUGCUCUCUAUUCACCUUUUCAAAUAAACUAUUAAAAUCAACAUAAAUUCCUUGUAAAUUCACUAGGUAUUUAUUCCUAGUUGCCUAUAUUACAUAUUAAAAAUCAUUUAUAACGUUUAACCCUUAAUUCGCCGGAUAAUUCUGCGACUUUAUUUAUCAGCUAAAACGACCCAAAUAAAAUUAUUGUAAAUAGAUUUAAUUAAUGUAAAAAUUUGAAUUUCGAAUCAGUCAGUGAGACUUUGGUUUUGAAUAUCCCUGAGCUGGCCGACUGAUAUCCGACAGCGUAAUAAUCUCAGUGUUAUAAAAUACAAUAUUUCUUUUAACUGUCUGUAAUUUAGUGAUCGUGUUCAAGUCAAAAGAGAUUUUUAUUAAAUAAAUCACAAAAUUAUAA